CUUUUAUGAUUCUUUUCUCCCUUUUUGUUCUACAGCUUUCUGUUGUAAAGAAGGAGUGAUGAAUGAACCAGAGCUUUGGGAUUCUACAAGUCGCUUUCGAUUUAUUGAAUCAUGUUUGGGAUUAAUUGGUUGCUUGAGUAUCAGUUUUGCUGUCUGGACCACUGAUUGGCUGGAUGGUAGAGGAUUGUGGGUCAGUGGGAAUGAUUCGAAUCCAGAUGACAGCUGGGCAGCAGGGCAUUCAGUGCAAGGUCCAGGAGCUCAGAGUGUCUUCGCUGUUCUUUCUUUCCUCAUGGCAGUAAGCUCAGGAAUUCUGUGCCUUGUGUUUGCAUUCUGCUGGACAAAUCGCACAGUACACUCUUACUCAAACACUCGCUCGCUGCUGAUGGCCGGCCAAGCUCUUUAUCCCACCACCUUACUUCUAAUCACGCUGGCACCUACAGGGUUCUUUUUCCUUCUAAGCUGGGCACUUUUCACCAGUGAGCACAUUGCUGAUAUACGAGACAAUUUCUCACGCCUGGGAUUCUCCUAUUGGCUUGGUGCAGUAGGCUGGGCUCUGCUAUUGGCUGUGUUGCCGGUGGUGUUUUUGGUGGAGCAGUGUGUGGUACCUGACACACUACCUGAGCUGAAAAAGGCAACUGAGAUUUGGUGGAAGGCACCCGAGGUGCCAUACAUGCGCUCUUUCAGUGAGCCCUACCAGCACAGAGGCAAACACUGUGAGCACAGAAGACAGUUGUCAAUGCCAUGAUAGAGGCAGAAGAAUAGUGCUUCUAUUUCAGUAACUGCAUGUUGCAGCCAGUAAAGAAGAUAGAGGAGCUCUGCUUUAUGUGGUUUGUAGGCUGAUGUACAGUAUUAAGCCCAGAUUCUUUUAGGAAUGGUAUUUACUUCUGUCAAUUAAUACAAGUGAUGGGCAGAAACUUUUCUGAUGCACACCUUAAAGCAUGACUGCAAUUGUUAUGGUGAGAUGGACACUAAAUCAGUGAUGUCGACACUAAUAACUAUGCCAGCAUUUCAGAAAAGAUGGGCAUUAGCAAUGCAUUUUUGUUUUGGAAGUCUGUAGUAGUCCUGAAGUGAUGAAGUCUAGCAUCCGACUCAAUAAUUUGUUUGCACUGUGUAUUGACAGCAUAAAUGCUCAGCAUACAUUACCAAUGUUGAAUCUGCCUUUAGCUACAUUUAAUUAUCUGCAUUUGCAUAUGUCACAACUGUGGAUACCUCACAACUUCACAUUUUGCCAUAACACACAGUAUGCAAGUGUAGCAUAACAUUAGGGCAUGGGUAGGACUAAACGUGGGAAAACUUUCAGUAAUUGUGAUAAAUGUUCCAUAAUAUAAUACAUUAAUUUCCAUGUGUUUUAUGUUGUUUUUAAUUUUAAUUUUUAAUUUCAUUAAAUUUUUGUUAGUCUAAAAGUACAUAGUUUUAUUUUUAUAAGAAUGUGUGGUCUAUCAGGAAAAUGUGAAAACCAAUGAUUUUAAUAUGAAAUCUGUUUUGUAUUUUGUAUUGCAGUUUACUAUGAUUGUUUUCAAGUGUUAAAAGCUGUCAUUUGUUUAACAGUUAACAAUAGUAUUUAUUCAGGGUUAGUUUUUGUGUUUAUAGUAAUUUUGUUUAAAAAAAUGAACCUGCACAUAUCACAUUACACCUGUACACAAGGCCCUGCAUGUUUCCUAUCUGGUACCAGUGCUACUAUAAUUAUUCAUAUAAUUAUUUACACAAUCAUCCAGCUCUGAACCUUAACCAUUGUACAGAACGAUAACUUUUAUAGUCUCUUUUACCCUGUUCUGUAACAGCCACCUUUAUCUGACAUCUAAUUUCACCAUGGGUAUUGACUACAUGUAGCUGGCAUUAAACUAAAUUACAUAGUAAUACUGCAUUAUAUGUGUAUGUUGUCAAAUCACCAGCAAAACAUGGAUUAACUACACAUGCAGUGUAUCUGUUAGACUGCACAUGCAAUCAGGUACCCAUUAUUUGAGCCAUUAAAUUAGGGCGUGAUUGAAUGAAUCUAUGGUUUAGUGUUUUAUGCACACAACUGCCUCAGAAUUCACAGUGGGAUCACUGUAGAGUAAAUAAUGGAUUAUAACGUAACGUAAAGCCUCCACAAGGGGGCGUUUGUGUACAAGCUUAUUUUGUGCUUCUGCCUGUUAAAAUUUGUUGAUUUUAUUAUAUAUUUUUUUUCUCUGCGACCCAUUUUUGGCUUGCAACCCCAGAAUUUGAAAAACCAUGUUCUAAGCUAAAAUGCUACAUACAGCAUACUAUACAAGUACUACAGACACUACGCCUACUCUGCUUAAGGAAACCUUGUGUUUGUUUAAUUACCUUUACUACAUCCCAAAAUAAAUAAAUAAUAAUAAAAAAUAUUGCAUUUGUCAGAUUACGGGUCUAAAAACAGAAGUAAUUAGUAAGCAUGUUUUUUCUGAACAAUGUAAAGAACAGAACACGCUGUGCUUUUUUGCUGCAACAGCUCACCCUUUUGGUUAGUUUAUGAUACUACACAGUUCCACAUAGUUUUAAAUCAAUUUACUGCUUAUAUCCUUCAGCAUAGAAUUAAGGAGCUCAGUUGGAGUUGCUUGGAUAAUGAAUGUAUAAUGUUUUGGUAAGAAUAAACAAGU